ACGCAGUCUUCUCGGAAAUACGUCAUCACACUACGCUUUCAAUCGCUUGUGCUAGCCGCACUUUAAUAUAACCGGUGAAUCAUUACAGUUUAACUUUCCACACAAUUUAAUCAUUUUUUUCCUCAAAAACAUCCAGCCAUGGCGAUGCAAGCAGCUAAACGAGCUAAUAUUCGUUUACCUCCAGAGGUGAACAGGAUAUUGUACAUACGUAACCUUCCAUACAAGAUCACAGCAGAGGAAAUGUAUGACAUCUUUGGGAAGUAUGGGCCAAUUCGUCAAAUCCGAGUUGGAAACACACCAGAGACAAGAGGAACUGCUUAUGUUGUAUAUGAAGACAUCUUUGAUGCCAAAAAUGCCUGCGACCAUCUUUCUGGAUUCAACGUCUGCAACAGAUACUUGGUUGUAUUGUACUAUAAUGCAAACAGGGCUUUCCAAAAAAUGGACACAAAGAAAAAGGAGGAGCAGCUGAAACUUCUCAAAGAGAAAUAUGGAAUAAACACAGACCCGCCAAAAUAAUCAACAUACCUAUUUUUGUUUUUGCGCCUUCCACCUUGACAUUUCUACUUUACCCCUUUAAGAAAUGAUUGCUUUAAAAAUACCUGUUGAACAGUGCUUAUUACUUAACCCGAAGUCUUGUCAUAUAUAUUGACCUAAUUUCUUUUCUGUUUAUAUAGAAAACAAGGAAUAUGUCAUUUGUUCAUAAAAUUUGUUGUAUUAAAUCAAUGAUUUUCUUUUUUUAUUAUAA